GGGGCGUGGUAGAGGAGUGAGUGAUGAGACAGCAGUUGGCAGAGUCAUCCUGUGUUAGAUGGUGGUUGUGCGUACCUGAAGAUAAGGAAGCAAGUGCUGAACAGCUUCAGUAUUCUGAAAUAUUUACUGACCACUUGUCAUAUCAACACCGAAAACCUACAACAAUCCCAAUGGAGAAAAAGGAAAUCAAAGAUGGGGACAUGAAGGAAAUGCAACCGCAGAACACUGGUGAUAAUCAGCAAAAUUCUGAUUCUUCGAAGGAAAAUUUGAAAUGUGAUCAUCGUACAGCAAUCAGGAAUGCUGUCAAUUACUUCCUGGAGAAAAAACACAAGGUGCUUAAUGAUCCCAUCCAUGGUCUUAUGGAGUUACACCCACUUCUCAUCAAAAUCAUGGACACACCUCAGUUUCAAAGACUACGACACAUAAAGCAGCUUGGAGGAGCCUAUUUUGUUUACCCAGGAGCCUCCCACAACCGCUUUGAGCACUCAGUCGGCGUGGCCCACUUGGCAGGACAGCUUGCAAGAGCUCUGAGUUCAAAGCAGCCAGAACUGGGAAUCAAUGACAGAGACAUCCUCUGUGUGGAGAUUGCAGGUCUUUGCCAUGACCUUGGACAUGGUCCCUUUUCUCAUCUGUACGAUGGAAUUUUUAUCCCCAAAGCAUACGCCAAAGCAUGCGCCAAAGAACAAUGGAAGCAUGAGGAUGCCUCUUUACUCAUGUUUGACCACCUAGUGGAGGACAACGGUUUAAAGCCACUGAUGAAGCUGUAUGGUCUGGAUCCAUACGGAGAAAAAGAAAAUGACCUGAAAUUCAUCACAGAGAUGAUUCAAGGAAAACCCCUGACUGAAGAUCAGGUCAAGGUUUUAAAGCCACUGAUGGAGCUGUAUGAUCGGAAUCCAGACGGAGAAAAAGAAAAUGACCUGAAAUUCAUCACAGAGAUGAUUCAUGGAAAAUCCCUGACUGAAGCUCAGGACAAGGGUUUAAAGUCACUGAUGGAGCUGUAUGGUCCGAUAUUCCCAAAAUCAGAAGAACCUAAAGAAAAUGACCAGGCAUUCAUCAAAGAGAAGAUUCAAGGAAAACCCCUGACAUCAUGGCCAUAUGAGGGUCGGACAGAGGAGAAGUCCUUCCUCUAUGAAAUUGUGGCUAACAAGCUAAAUGGAAUUGAUGUGGACAAGUUUGACUACUUUGCCAGGGAUGCCUACCACCUGGGCAUGCAGAGCAACUUUGACCAUAAGCGCUUCAUCAAGCUUGCCAGGGUGUGUGAAGUUUACGACGAGAAGACCAAGAAGCCCAAGAAGCACAUCUGCUCCAGAGACAAGGAGGUGGGCAAUCUAUAUGACAUGUUCCACACAAGGAACUGUCUCCACAGAAGGGCCUAUCAGCACAAAACAAACAAAAACAUACAGAUUAUGAUCAGUGAUGCCUUCUUGAAAGCAGAUGAACACAUCAAGAUUGACGUCUCAGAAACGAAGAGGUUUAAACUGUCUGAAGCCAAAAAUGACCCGGAGGCCUACACCAAGCUGACAGAUCAGGUGUUUGAGAGAAUCCUCCACCCUUGGUCGUCUUCUGAAGACCCGAAGGAAGCCAGGAAGAUUCUGGAGAGGAUUGUCUCCCGAAACCUGUACAUGUUUGUGGGUGAAACCAAGCCCAAGACAAGAGGACAGGAAGAAAUGCGAGAGAUCCUGCAGCAGAAGAUUGAUGAUAUGAAAGCUGAAUUGACUAAGGAUGAAAAUCAGAUCCCGCAGCAGAAGAUUAAGGAUGUGAAAGAUAAACUGGCUGAGGAUCUCUUUCCGGGUGAAAAUGAGGCAGAAAACUUUGAAGUUUCUAUCGUGACUUUGGACUAUGGGAUGAAAAAGGAGGACCCCAUCAAUAAUACAUACUUCUACAGCAAGGAUGACCUCAAAAGAGGAUUCAAGAUCCCUGAAGACCAGAAAUCCAAGCUUCUUCCAACAACUUUCUCUGAGAAGAUCAUACGGGUUUAUUGCAAGAAUCCCAAGAACAUUACCUUGAAACAGGCCCGAGAGGCCUUUAAAAAGUGGUGCAUAGACAAUGACUAUACAAAGCCUGUGGACGGAGAUAGAGUGGGGGAUCUAAAGUGAAAAAGAAAUCACAAAAACUCUGUCUCUCAUUGGCUCUUAUUUAUGAAAAAUGAUUAAUAAUAUCAACAAGAUACUUCCAUCAGCAGCUGAAGAGCUCACAUAUUAUAAAUGAAUUGCUGUUUUAUAUCAUGUUUGUACCAAAAACAUGAAAAAGGUGCAAAAGGGUAUUUCUGUUGUAAACAAUCAACCAUGCAAACUUAAAAUGUCAAUCUUGUUUGGUGCAUAGUCGCAGCUAUGGGUCUUUAUUAUUUUUAUAAAGACUGUCAUUUACCUUGAGCUAUUUUCAUUUGCGGUGUGGGUAUUAUAAGUAUUUUGUGUUUUUUGGUUUUAUAAUGAUAACUGUGAUUUGAUUGUGACAGAAACUUUGUGACAUUUGAUUUAGAUCUAGAAAUAUUUUUGGAUCAGAGGUUGUUCUCGUGAUUAUCAUAGUUCUGACUUGGUUAUUUUCUUGUUUUUAUGAUUAUACUAUAUAUCACAAAUUUACUCAAAUAGCUCAAGCAAAUCAUGUUUUGCUAAUUACAUGAAAAUGAUAUUUACUGUGUAAUUGGCGUGUUAAUUAAAAGCCAAGAAAGCUCAAUAGAACAUUCCAACUGUGUUCAUAUUUAGAUGGUCUGCUAACUGGCGGUGCAUGGUCUGUUUGAAAUAAAGUUAUUUUACUCUUG